AUAAAUGACUACCAAACAACGUUGGGCACUUGGGCUGCGUUCUGCAGCAAGCCGACAGAGAAAAGCACAUUGAAUUUUCUUUUCUCUGUUAAACAAAAUCUUAUACUUCAUAUAGUGGAAUCGGAAAACUUUUCCAAAUCAGUACGUUUUAGUCAAUAUGCCACCUGCCGUGGAAACAGUGCCAGUCGCUGGUGAAACUAACGUGUCUGAAAAUUCCUCCUCGAAGCCGACUGUCGGCAUCAUCUAUCCACCUCCAGAAGUCAGAAAUAUUGUGGACAAGACUGCCAGUUUUGUAGCUAGAAAUGGAUUGGAGUUUGAAGCUCGUAUCAGGAAAAACGAGCAGAACAAUCCCAAGUUCAACUUUCUCAACACUGGUGAUCCUUACCAUGCAUACUACCAGUAUAAAGUCAAGGACAUUAGAGAAGGAAAACUUGCUGAAGCACAACCGGUAACAACACCAGCAGCGCCAGCCCCAGCUCCAGCAGGGAAACCCCCACCAUCAGCACCCACAUCAGCUCCAGCUUCACUGGCACAACAACAGAAACAGCAAGAAAUUUUGAAGCAAUUCCAACAAGAAGCUCCUGUAAUCCCGAAAGAACCACCACCAGAGUUUGAAUUCAUAGUUGAUCCUCCGUCAAUCUCAGCUAUGGAGUUAGAUAUUGUGAAACUCACUGCCCAGUUUGUAGCCAGAAAUGGUCGUCAGUUUCUCACCAGCCUGAUGAACCGCGAGGCUAGAAAUUACCAGUUUGACUUUUUACGUCCUCAGCACUCGCUUUUCCAGUAUUUUACUCGUUUGCUAGAGCAAUAUACUAAGGUUCUUAUUCCACCGAAAGAUUUGAUGACUCGUUUGAACGAGGGUUGCACCAACCCAAGUGUAGUCUUACAAGAAGUCAAACGACGUGCUGACUGGCAGCGUCAUCAAGAGGCUCAAAAACGCCGUGAAGAAGAAGAAGCUGAAAGAGAGCGCGUCUCGUACGCACAAAUUGAUUGGCACGACUUUGUUGUCGUCGAAUCGGUAGACUAUCAACCCUUUGAAAUCGGCAAUUUCCCUCCACCGACAACACCAGAAGAGGUCGGCGCCCGCAUUCUUCUUCAAGAACGUUACGAAGAAGGACAAGAUGUUGAAAUGCAACUGGAAAGCGAUGAAGAAGACGACGAAGAAGAUGAUUCGGAUGGAGAACAGGCAAAGCCACCACCUCCGCCAGGCGCACCACCUUCUCUAUCGUUCAAGGGAGACGGGCAGCAGCCACCACCAGUGGCCCCGUCAGCCGAUAACGUCAUUGUACGUAAAGAUUAUAACCCCAAGGCAGUCGCCAAACCACAAGCCCGCCCGCCUGCUCCUGACGAGUACCUUAUCUCGCCCAUUACCGGCGAACGUAUUCCGGCCAGCCAAGUGGCUGAGCACAUGCGUAUCGGUUUGCUGGAUCCCCGCUGGUUGGAGCAGCGCGAUCGACAAAUGCAGGAGAAGAUGACUCAAGAGUCCGUCUACGCCCCCGGCUCGGCUAUCGAGAACAGCCUGCGCGCUUUAGCUGAACGCCGUACGGAUAUUUUCGGUGUUGGUGACGAAGAAACGGCCAUCGGUAAAAAGAUUGGCGAAGAAGAACGUCGCAAAGAGGAAACUGCUAAAUGGGAAGGACAAACCCCUGCGCCGCCAACAGCCACUGGAGAGGGAGGAUCAACAUUUCAAUCACGACCAGGCCCUCCUGCUGGUUUGGUUACGAUACAAGAACAGAUUGCCCAGAUCCACAAGAACAAGGCACUGAUGAGCGGCAUGAGCGAGGACGAUGACGGACUCGGAUCUAACGGCGUCGUAGCCGCAGCUCCUCCCAAACCUCCUCAACAGUUGAUGAGCAUUCCACCACGACCGCCCGUCAUGUUGGCCGCCCCACAACCUCCCCCUAUGAUGAUGAUGUCCAUGCCUCAAAUGCCCAUGGCGAUGGUCCCUCAGACACCUUUCCUUCCGAUGCCGCAGUCCAUGGGCAUGAUGCAAGGACAGGGUGUUCGAGAUGUCAUGGAAGAGGAGCCUCCAUCGAAACGUCAACGCAACGAAGACCAACUGAUGCCCGAAGAAGCCUUUUUGGUCCGAUACCCCGGUCUUUUGCACUUCCACAUUGGCGCUCCGGUUUACGCCGAGAAACCCGAAUGGCGAUUGCAGGGUCAGCAACUCAGCUUCUCUCUGUUGCCCACCGAGCCCAUCUCUGUUGUCAAACAAAAGAUCAGCGAAGCGACAGGCAUGCCUCCAGCCAAGCAGAAACUCUUUUGGGAGGGACUCUACUUCAAGGACAAUCAUUCGCUGGCCUUUUACAACGUUACCCCUGACGCUGUUGUCCAGCUUCAGGUGAAGGAAAGAGGCGGCCGCAAAAAGUAAAACUUUUUGGAAAACCCUAAACCUUCAUGAAACUUCAUUUACAUCAGGAACGUACCUUGGGGAAAAAUUGCGUAAUCGGAAAGAAUUUUUACAACCAUUUUGUUUCUCAUCUGCGAUGUCAACGAUUCCUUCCUGGUCUCAGAAGUGGAAAUAUAUUCAUUCUCUUUCUACCCCC